AAGUCAACAUCGCGAUUCGCGAAUAGGUACGGACGUUUGCACGGUGCAUUCUGGAUUAAUCAAUAGUUUAAUAUCUUUAUCAACUGAAACAUGAAUUAACUGAUAGAGAUAACAUCUUAAUCUAUUUGCUCAGUGAAAAACUAAACUGGUUAUACAGUUUUUUGUGUGAAAAUUGGACAAAAAUAACAGUCAAUAUGGAUGGGACUAUUGUCCUUAUUUUGCUGGUUCUCGUUAUGCUAAUAGGCUCCUAUGUUGCUGGAAGUAUACCAUUAAACGUAAAUAUGUCUGAGGACAAGCUCCAGAAAGUGACGGUGUUCGGCGCCGGACUGCUCGUGGGCACGGCGCUGGCCGUCAUCAUCCCGGAGGGCGUGCGCUCGCUGUUCGCCUCCGCCGCGGUUCCGCCCGGCGUCGACCUGCAUACUGUUAUAGGAAUAUCUUUAGUGAUCGGUUUCGUAUUCAUGUUGCUGGUGGACCAGCUGUCCACGCGCUUCGACGACACGAGCCACCCGGAGGAGAAGAGUGUGACCGCGACCUUGGGGCUCGUCGUGCACGCCGCUGCGGACGGAGUCGCUUUAGGUGCGGCAGCGUCCACCUCUCACGCGGAUGUCGAGAUGAUAGUGUUCCUGGCCAUCAUGCUGCACAAGGCGCCCGCUGCGUUUGGACUCGUCACAUUUUUGUUGCACGCGGGACUUGAGAGGAACCGAAUCAGAAAGCAUCUGUUAGCAUUUUCGUUUGCCGCGCCCGCGGGCGCCCUGCUCGUGUACUUCACCAUCGGCAGCGGCGGCCGACAGACGCUCAGCGAUUUCAACGGGACCGCAAUCGCCAUGCUGUUCUCAGCCGGCACGUUUCUGUACGUGGCCACAGUGCACGUGCUGCCGGAGCUCACACACACACACUCGCACACGCACACACACACACUGCUGCCGAUGCAAGAUGGCGGCGCGGCGAAGAUGGGCUUUAGUGGUCUACAGUGCAGUGAAAUUGCCAUAUUGGCUGUGGGCGCUUUGUUACCAGCAUUGUUGACUAUGGGCCAUAAUCAUUAGGUUUGUUUUGUAUCCUCUCUCGGCCAAGAGCUGAGGCUGUGACGCCGCGAAACCCGCGAUCUGUGUAGGAAAACGUUUGAAUGUUAUGUAAAAAGUUUGUGUUUUUCUUGUAUCUAAAUUUGACAACUGUUAAACCGACCUGUUGACCUGAACUGUUGACCGAGUAAAUUUGAUUGAGUUUUGGUGAUACUGCUAUGUUAUACGACCUUUUGGGAAUGCUGUGACAUGUGACAUGUCCUAUGUAGUCGUAUCCUAUAUGUACUUUUGAGAAGUGCACAUUUAGCGAACAAUUUUGCGUCAGACCAGAUUGUGAUUGAGUCGCGUUCGAUUUAGUAACGAUAAAUGAAUAUUUAAUGCAAGCAUUACAUAUUUGUUUUGUACUUGUGGUGGACUGUGCCCAGCGGACUCGGGCCGAAAUGAGCUAUAUUUUCUAUGUUUUUUAUCAUGUUGAAUAAAAUAAUUUUUAUUGUAUUUUUUUGUUCAACUAGCCUAAUUUAAUUACUGUUAAUCGAUUAAUUCUGCUUUGUGAUAUAAUUUAAACAGGUUACAGAAAAAAAAAUAUAUUCUUUCUUGAUUAAGAUGACUCAUUCAAAGAGUUUUUUGUGGAUGAGAAAAAUCGUGAUAAUUAUACAAAAAUUUGUAUUUCCUAUAUUAUUUGACUGAAAUUAAGUAAAAAAAUAUAUGAAUUAUAUUUUAAUGUGUCCGUAUGUGUGGCCAAAACUCCCCAAUAAAUAUAGUGUUUUAAAUAAGGUACAUUCCUAAGAAUGUGUGAAAUAGAACAGUUGUAACAUUAUGUUAGCUUUCUAAAAAAAUUUGUUAUACUAGCUGCGCCCCGGGGCUUCGCUCCCGUGGGUAUUCCGCGAUAAAAAGUACCUUAUGUGUUAUUCCAUAUUCUACCAGUGUACCAAAUUUCAUAACAAUCCGUCCAGUAGAUUUUUGUGUGAAAAAGUAAGAAACAUACAUUGUAACAAACUUUCCCAUUCAAAUUAUUAGUAGGAUUAAUAAGAUAAAUUAAUAAGAUUGGCACGCCCUUUAUCAAUGCUAUUGUUACCCAGACUGUGUGUCCCUUAGAGCCACGCCCCAUUGCUCAGUCGCGCUCCCUCAUUUUGACGUCCGUCGACAUGUCAUGAACAACGAAGAAAUAUGAAGUUUCGAUGUACGCCAACGCACGUCACUGUCAAAACCUAUAGAAAAGAUUGCAGAUAUAGCGUGCUGCGUCGCAACGGAGUACGACAGAGCAUAGUCUCAUAAUACGACAUCCACGACAGGGUAAAUUCCCCCCUAUUACUAUAAUGUUACGGUCCAAUUCCGCUUGCAAUUUUUCUUAUCCUAGCGUACUCCUGGCGUGUUUCGCAUCCUCGCGUAGCUCUAUGAGUAUAGGGUUCGAAUGAAUUUGUAAAUUUCGAUAAUUUCGCUGUGAUUUCACGACUGGCCGCCUGCCUGACGACCUUCUGGGAAUGCUAUUGGUGAUUGAAGAAAUCAGCUAGUGGGCUUAUCCUAUAAUCGCCUUAUACAACAUCCACGGGAGCAUAUUGUCCUAAUUGACUGUGUAAGAUAUUUUUUAAAAUUGUUCCAAUAAAUUUUAUUAAUGUUUUUUUUUUCUAUUUUGUAUAUCAGUUGUACAUUGUAUAUUUUUAUAUUAGUUUUAUUUCUUUCCGUAUAUUUUUCGAUAAACUAUAUAAUAGGUAUUAUUUUCCUAGACACUUACAAAAAAUAUAUGUAGAUGUAAAUAUGUAAUUAAUGUAAAUAAUUACAUGGAAUAAAAUGGUUUUUUCUGUUAAAAUAACUAUAUAUAUAGGUUAUUGGUUAAAUGUUAAAUAAUAGAAAUAAAAUAGCUCGUACAA